AACAAAAAUAUGAAAAUUGUAGAUUUAAUAUGUCAAUUUUAGACUUUUAAAUUGUACAAAAUGGGAGUUGAUUAUAGAAGGGAAUGGAUGAAACAGCGAAUUAUAACAUUAUUCGGAUUGAAUUCCGAGGAAUACUUCGAAGAAAUGAUGGCUAAUAAUGAAGAUCUGGAAGAUAAAUUCACUUCAUUUUUAGAUGACGAUAUGCAAAGUGACGAGAGGAAAGAAUUUUUCUAUGUUUAUAAAACUUCUUAUGCAAAAUUGGUUGAAGAAGAAAUCUUGGUACCACAAAAAGUAAUAAAAGAACCUCCUCCUGAACCUCCACCGGAACCAAAGAAGAAAGGAAAGAAGGGUAAAGGUGGAAAAGAAAAGAAGAAGAAAAAAAAGAAAGUUGAAAGCGAUGAAAUUGCCACUCCUAUUACCACAUUAUCCAAUGCUGACGAAACCGAAGGUGAUGCUGCAACUUCCGAUGUAGAAAAUCCAGUCGAUACAAAAAUAGUACCAGAAGAAGGUCAAGAAACUGUCGAAACGUCCGCUUCUCCUACAGUUACCGAGCCAGCUUUAACAGAAACUGAAGCGUCGACAUUACAGACACCAGAAAUAACAGAUGCAGAGACCACUGAUGUAGAUGAUAUCCCUACUGAUACUGAGGAUGGCAAAAAGAAGAAAAAGAAGAAGAAAGAAAAAGGAAAGAAAGGGAAAAAGAAAAAGAAAGAACCAAUACCCGAACCGCCACCUGAAGAAGACGAAUACAUUAUGGUUCCUCAAAUUAUUCAAAAAAACGUCGUCGAUUAUAUACUUCAUGGGGGUUUCAUGAAAAUCGGCGGGGAAAUGUUCGAGAACGAUGCUUAUAGAGUUAUAUAUUUCUAUAGGACAAGCGACGACGGCAUUCCUAUUUUCGAAAAUCCUUCGACGGCCGAUGUGGAAAUGCCAAAUUAUUUCAUAAUAGGCUCUAGCACGGGAAAUUUCUUACAUUCUGUAACGCUUCUAUGCAGACAGAUGUAUGCCCCGUUAAUGAAUAGUUGCUUCGUCGAACCGGCUUUAAAAUCCUCGAAAAAAACCGGGGCCAAAGAUCCCAACGAACAUCUAGUUGAUUCUAGUGACUUUCAAGGACCCUCCGAUUAUCGUAAAUUAACAUUAGGAUCCAACGAAGAUAUGAAAACGAGUCUUGUCAUCGAAACUGUGGAUGAAAUCGAUUUUAAAGAAGACGUCCAAGAUAAUAGCGACAAUACACCAAUCAAAGAUGAAUUAUACAGGGAAGUUACCAAUUUGGUACAAUCAUUUGAUUGGGUUUCUGAGCACGUAGAAGACGAUUUAGAUCUACCGAUGGUAGAUUUGAGCGAUAUUAUACAUACUAAUCUUACCGAUACGGAGUUGGCGAAUAAUCCGAAAAUUAUAGCUCUCAUUGAAGAGGCCGUCGAAGGAUGGGAAAAACACAUUAUGAAAGUUUUGGAAGCUUAUUUGGCUAAGAGUCCCGUGGGAAAAGGUCCUUUGCCUGAAUACGAAUACUGGCACGAUAGAGAAGCGGCUCUAAGUUCCGUCGUUGAACAAUUAAAAAAACCACUCGUGAUGCGUAUCUGUCAUCUUUUGGAAUUGUCGAAAUCCCCAGUCAUCAACACAUUUAUUCAAUACCAGAUAGAUUUGAGAAGGCAUUACAGCACAGCGAAAGAUAAUGUUAAAUUUCUUUCCACAAUUUUGAGAUUUCUUAAAUUGAUAACACACAGUAACGAUUUUCGUAAAAUGACCGAAUCCAUACCGGAAUUGAUGGAAGGUUUGCAACUGAUUUGGGUACUAUCAGGUUACUACAAUACCGACGAAGUAAUGGUACCGUUCAUGGAAAGGAUCGUCUGGUGUUUGUUGGAAAAAGUGAGAAAUACUUUGAAUAACGAAAUGCUAUUCAGACAUCCGAUAGAAGUUGUUAAAACUUUAACUAAUGACGCCGGUGAGAUGUUGGAUAGGUGGCAAACAGCCUAUUUGGAAACUCGACAGAGAAUCGAAGAUUCGGGUAAAGGUCAAAGAUGGGAAUUCGAUAAGAAAAAACUCUUCGGCGCUUCUAAUUACAUGGCUAGAGUCUGUAAAGACUUGAAAGAUGUUGCAACGAUAAUUUAUCAAUUUAAAAAUAUAUUCGGACCAGAAUUGAGAUCAAUUGUAAGCGAUCCGCAAAGUAUUGACAACGUCGCAAAACGAGUAGAUAAAUUGGUUGUUCAAAUCGAGAACACCGACUUCGAUAUAUUCGAUUUGAAUAGCUCGGAAAAUUGGGAAGCCAUUAUGGGUCUUUUUUAUAAAGAAGUACGCCAACUUGAAUUGGAAGGUGUCAGUUUUAUAGACCAAAGCUUUAAAAUGAUCAGGAGUUCCGAAAGCGCUCUAGAUAUGUUAUUGAAAUUUAAAUACAUAGAAACUAGAGAGGUUAUAAUGAAUAAGUUGAUGUCUAAAUUUGACGUUAUACUCGAUCAAUACAUUAAAGAAAUUCUAAUGGUUGACGACAAUUUCACGAGAUACAAAAGACAUCCGAUACUAUAUAAAAAUAUGCCGGCUAGAGGGAGCGCCAUCUAUUGGGCGCGUUUAUUAUACUACAAACUAAAAAGACCGAUUUUAAAAUUCCAAAAGGUACCGGAAAUAGUAAAUUCUUCGAUGAAAGCCAGUACAUUUAAUCAUUAUUUGAAAUUUGCGAAAGAAUUAAAAUAUUUCGAGCAAACGAAAUUUGACGACUGGGUGCGAAAAUUCAGCGCAACUAUGGAGAAAGCCCUUCAAAUGGACAUUUUGAAAUUGGCCAACGUAAGUAAGAAGAGUACGUUUUACAGACCUCCGAAAUACAAUCAAUCGUCUGCUCUUACUAAAACUGUAAGCACCCGAACUAGCGUGACAAAAGCACAAGUAGGAAAAGGAUCUUCUAGCAGGAGAAAUUCAAGCAAGAGUAGCACUAGAUCCGUUCAAGAUAUCAUGGAAAGGAUCCAUUCGAGAAGAAAUUUAACGUGGCACGAAAUUAUCGGUAGUUACAUUGUAGCGGAUUUGGGUUUACAAUUCGACAUUAAUUUUGACGACGAGCUUUGGGCUUGUUUCAAAAGUGUGGAGUUAUUGGAAACGAUGAAAUUUUCUUUACCGGAAAAUGUUAGAAUGAUCGCCAUCAAAAAAGAGAAGACGCAAAUUAAUGUUAAUGCCGUAACUUUAAUGGUGAAAAGAUAUAAUGACAUUGUAUAUAAAUUAACAGAAUCUCAAAUGCAUCUGUUGAAAGAAAAAAUGCGAGAAAUCGAACUAAACAUCCAGCCGGGAUUGAUGAGGAUAAAAUGGUCUUCGUUAGGAAUAACCGAAUACGCCAACGACAAUCUGAUUCUCAUUAACAAUCUAAAAACUUUGUACCUUCAGGUUGAACACGUAGAAAACGAUAUACUAAAAAGAAUCAAAAUUUUAUCGAAUGCUAAUCUGUUCGAUUUUGAAUCGUUACCUCCGGAUGUGGAUAGAUUAUCGUGCAAGGACUUCUUUAACGUAAUGUACGAUAACCGUACCGAAAAAAUGUCGAAACUAAUGAAAAUUUACGAUUCUUUCGCUCCAAUUCUUACGAAACUCGAAACGAUGGUUUUGAGCACAAACACGGGACGCUCUCCGGCAAUGUUUCCUUAUUACACCUCGUGGGAAGAAGAAAUGUAUAAAGCUCUCAUUACUAUGACCAUUAAAAACUUGGAUAAUUUCAAUUCAAAAUUGGAAGCGAAAGAACCGAUGUUUCAAGUUGACGCCGUGGUUGUUACGCCAGAAAUUUUACUGAGACCUACGGCUACAGAAAUAUAUAAUAUACUGAUCAAGAAUUCGAAAAAUUUCAUGGAGAGAUUGAAACAAAUACCGAGAUGGCAGAACAAUUCGUGCAUCAAUUGCGAACCGAUUAAAGUUUCGCAAACCGAGGAGUAUCUUUAUUCGUAUUACGAUGAAAUUAUCAAAGUUCCAGACGUUAACGAAUCGUUGGGGAAGCAAGCCGAUACGGCGCACAAGGUUAUUUUGGCGGUAAAUAAACAAUUACAAAAAUGGAAGCGAUACAAAAACCUAUGGAGCUACGAUAAAGUAUCGACUUGCGAAAAACUGAUUCAAAAAACGACUAAUCUAUCGGUUUUCGAUGAAAAAUUUAUGUUUUAUCUAGAAAUAGUUCGAAAUAUCAACAAUUUUAAUCCACUGAUAAACGUCGAAAGUAUACAAUUAAAUUUGAGGCCACUUCUCGAUACAAUCGUCGAACAUUGUCUGGAAUGGAAAACGAUAUUAGGCAGAUUGAUCGAUGAAGAUACCGAAGCUAAAAUGAUGGAAAUGAAAGAGAAAAUCGACGAAUUGAAAAUUUUGGUUCGAAUGAACAUCAAAGGUUUGGAGAAAUUCAAAAACGUCCUUCAAGCUAUAGCCACGAUUUCCAAAGGAAACAUUUCGGCGGAGUUAUCUUUCUACAAGUUCCAAGAGACCUACAGGAUGUUGAGUCAACACGGUAUACAAUUUCCUCCUGAGCACGAAGCUCUCGCUUACGCUUUGGAAAAAGAAUGGAAGGAAUUGUUACUAUCGGCCAUUUAUAGAGAACAAAUUUUGGAAUCUACUAAAGAACGUUUCGCGCUUUUAACGCAAGCGCAAAUUAACGAUUUUUUGGAAAUAAUAAAUGCGUUUGUUAGUAAAUACGAAGCCGAAGGUCCCGGCUCCGUAGGAGAAAAUCUCGAUUUAGGUGUGAAACUAAUGGAAGAAUAUCGAGUGCAAUUUGAAAAUUUGGAAGCGCGUAGAUUAGAUUUGAUAAACGCCGAAAUGUUAUUCGACAUCCCUUUAGCCGAUUAUUCCAAUUACCUUCAAGCUAAGACCGAUUACGAAGGGAUGGAAGUUCUUUAUAAGCUUUACAAGUCGCUUAAACACGCCAGAGAGAUGUGGGGAAAAACGUUGUGGGCGAAUUUGAAUCCGCAAGCUUUGGUAGACGGUAUCGAUGGAUUUUUGAAAAGUUUUCGAAAAUUGGCUAAAGAAAUACGUACACAAGCGAUCGGUGUGACAUUGGAAAAUCAAAUGAAACAAUUUAAAAACGCCGUACCGUUGAUGGUAGCCUUAAAAAAUGAAGCUUUAAGAGAAAGACAUUGGAAAUUGUUGAUGGAAAAGACGGGAAUUGAAUUCGACAUGUCUCCGGAUCGUUUCACUUUGGAUAAUAUGUUCGCGAUGGAGCUUCACCGUUACCAAGAAAUAGCGGAGGAUAUAAUAAAUAACGCCAUUAAAGAAUUGAGUAUAGAAAAGGGCGUAAGGGAAAUAGCCGAUAAUUGGAAUUCCAUAGUUUUUAUUGUACACAAGCACGUUAAAGGAUUGGAAGAUCGUGGAUACGUCAUAGGUUCUACCGACGAAAUUAUGCAAGUUCUCGAAGAUAACUCGAUGAAUCUUCAAAGUAUGGCCGGUUCUCAAUUCGUCGGACCUUUUUUGAGACAAGUGCAGAAAUGGGAAAAGGCUUUGGCCAAUAUUGGCGAAGUUAUAGAUGAGUGGUUAUCGGUACAGAGAAAAUGGUUGUACUUAGAAGGCAUAUUUGUCGGAGGUGAUAUUAGGAUCCAAUUACCAGAGGAAGCUAGGAAGUUUGACGAUAUCGAUAAAUCUUUCAGGAAGAUAAUGAACGAAACGGCCAAAAGACCGAACGUUUUGGAAUGUUGCAACACCGCAGGACGAUUAGACGAAUUUUUGAGUUUAAGCGAUGGUUUGGAUCGUUGUCAGAAAUCUUUGAACGAAUAUCUGGAUUCGAAAAGGAGAAGAUUUCCUAGAUUCUAUUUCAUAUCCACCGAGGAAUUAUUGUCGAUAUUGGGUAGUAGCGAACAUACAUGCGUACAAGAUCACAUGAUCAAAAUGUUCGAUAACAUUAAAUCUUUAAGAUUUUCUACGGACAGUAACGAUAGGGUGAUAUCGACGGCUAUGGUAUCGUCCGAAGGGGAAGUUAUGGAGUUUCGAAACGUCGUUUACAUCGAAGGUAAAGUCGAGGAAUGGAUGAACGAUAUUUUGAAGGAAAUGCGUCGGUCCAAUAGGUUCAUCACGAAGAGCGCCAUAUUUUAUUACGGAAAAAUAAGAAGACCGCGCGCCGAAUGGAUGCUCGAGUAUCAGGGAAUGGUGACUUUAGCCGGUAGUGAGGUUUGGUGGACUGCCGAAGUGGAAAACGUUUUCGCGAAAUUCCAGAAAGGCAAUAAACGAGCCAUGAAAGAAUAUCUCGAACAAUUGAAUAAACAGUUGGAGGAAAUUGUGUUGACCGUCAGGGCGGAAUUGUCGCCUAAUGAUAGAACUAAAUUUAGAACGAUCGCUAUCGUCGAAGUACAUUCCAGAGACAUUGUGGAAGGAUUUGUAAGAGACAGCGUAACAAGUAUAACGGAAUUCGAAUGGGAAAGCCAAUUGAGGUUUUAUUGGGUCAACCAAUUGGAUAAUCUUUGGGUAACACAAUGCACUGGAUCAUUCGAAUAUGGGUACGAAUAUAUGGGAUUGAAUGGUAGACUAGUGAUUACUCCUCUAACGGAUAGAAUCUAUUUAACCAUAACGCAAGCGUUGAUAAUGCAUAUGGGUGGAGCUCCGGCCGGACCUGCGGGUACUGGUAAAACGGAAACCACUAAAGAUCUCGCCAAAGCCAUGGCGUUGCUUUGUAUAGUGACUAAUUGCGGUGAAGGGAUGGAUUUCAAAGCGAUCGGUACUACGUUGGCCGGUUUGGCGCAAUGCGGCGCGUGGGGUUGUUUCGACGAGUUCAAUAGAAUCGAUAUUUCCGUACUGUCCGUCAUAUCGACGCAAUUGCAAACAAUCAGAAGCGCAUUGAUGAUGAAAUUGGAAAAAUUCACUUUCGAAGGUGUCGAAAUCGCUUUGGAUUCCAAAGUUGGUAUAUUCAUCACAAUGAAUCCGGGUUAUGCCGGUAGAACCGAACUACCCGAAUCGGUUAAGGCACUUUUUCGACCGGUCGUAUGCAUCGUACCCGAUUUGGAGAUGAUUUGUAUGAUCUCGUUGUUUUCCGAUGGAUUUCUAGAGUCGAAAAUAUUGGCUAAGAAGAUGACGGUUUUGUACAAACUCGCCAGGGAACAACUAUCCAAACAGUUCCAUUACGAUUGGGGAUUGAGAGCUUUGAAUUCUGUUUUGAGAAUGGCUGGCGUGUUGAAAAGAGCCUCUCCGGAUAUAAAAGAAGCUUUAGUACUUAUGAGAGCUCUCAGAGACAUGAACCAUCCGAAAUUUGUAUACGAAGACGUUCCGCUCUUUUUGGGUCUCAUCAAGGAUCUUUUCCCCGGAAUGGAUUGUCCUAGAGUCGGUUAUCCCGAUUUCAAUGCUGCAGUAGAACACGUACUGAAUGAGGACAAUUAUAUUGUACUCCCCUAUCAAGUGGACAAGGUGGUUCAGAUGUACGAAACUAUGAUGACUAGACAUUCCACUAUGUUAGUGGGACCCACCGGUGGAGGAAAAUCUGUGGUAAUAAACGCCCUAGCCAAAGCUCAAACCUAUAUGGGUCUGGUAACAAAAAUACACACUUUGAACCCGAAGGCGUGUUCGGUUAUUGAACUAUACGGAAUUUUAGAUCCGGUAACAAGAGAUUGGACCGACGGUUUGCUAUCGUGCAUCUUCAGAGAAAUGAAUAGACCUACGGAGAAGCAAGAAAGAAGAUACAUAUUAUUCGACGGAGACGUGGAUGCUCUUUGGAUAGAAAACAUGAAUUCCGUAAUGGACGAUAACAAAUUAUUGACUUUAGCUAAUGGUGAACGAAUUCGUUUACAAACUCCAGUCUGCGCGCUGCUUUUCGAAGUCGGUGAUCUUCAGUACGCCUCCCCCGCAACCGUAUCCAGAGCCGGAAUGGUGUACGUGGAUCCGAAAAAUCUCGGUUACCAGCCCUAUUGGGAUAAAUGGUUAAAAACGCGCAGUUGGGCCGCAGAAAGGGAAGCAUUACAAGAGUUGUAUCUUAAAUUCAUACCGGAUUUGUUAUCGUAUGUUUUGGAGGGGGUUUUGGGUACCAGACAGGUUGAUCCACUCAAAACUGUUAUCCCUCAAACUGGUUUGAAUAUGAUCACCCAAUUGUGUUUUAUGAUUGAUUCUAUAUAUCCGCAAAAAAUGGAAGAUAUUCCAACUGAUCCUGAUGCGGAGGCUGACGUCGAUCUGCUUCAAGCCCUAUUUGUCACAUGCAUCUACAAUUCCGUCGGAGCGUCUUUGGUGGAUGCUUCCAGAAUCGAAUUUGACGAAUAUAUGAAAUCGCAGGUGUCGCUUUUGGUAUUUGACGAUAAUCCAGAAAAUAUGUGCGACCUAAGACACACUCCGACCACUUUUCCAUCUUAUUACGAUUAUUUUUUGGACCUCAAGCAAAAGAAGUGGGUGGCGUGGGAUUGGUUGGUAUCACCUUACGUUCACGAUAGAGAAAAGAGAUUUUCCGAAAUUCUCGUCCCGACAGUAGAUACCGUACGAGUAACUUAUCUUUUAGAACUGAUGAAUAAAAUACGAAGACCUAUCGUACUCAUAGGAGAAACCGGCACUUCGAAAACUGCAAUCAUCCAGGAUUUCCUGAGAAAUUUGGAUACCGAAAUAUUUAUUCUGUUGAACAUAAAUUUUUCCUCGAGAACAUCGUCGAUGGAUGUGCAAUUAAAUUUGGAAUCGUCGGUGGAGAAACGUACCAAAGAAAUUUACGGUCCUCCUAUGGGUAAAAAAUUGAUAUGUUUCAUAGACGAUAUGAAUAUGCCUCAAGUAGAUGAAUACGGUACUCAACAACCGAUCGCUUUGCUCAAAUUGCUGUUCGAAAAAGGAGGUUUUUACGAUAGGGGAAAAGAUUUGAAUUGGAAGAUUUUGAAAGACAUUUCGUACUUCGCCGCUAUGGGAGUAGCCGGCGGCGGUAGAAACGAAGUAGAUCCUCGUUUCAUGUCCAUGUUUACUGUUGUUAAUUUGGUUUUUCCAACAACUUCGACCCUACAUCGCAUAUACACUAAUAUCUUGAGCGGGCAUUUAUCUAUAUUCGAAGAACCCGUACAAAUAGCACCAAUUCUGAUGACCAUCACUUUGAAUUUGUACAAUAUUUGCGUGAACCAGCUACCACCGACUCCCAGCAAAUUCCACUACAUUUUCAACAUGAGAGAUUUGUCUAGAAUCACCGCAGGUAUGUGUAAAAGCGUACCGAAAUUGUACACCAAAGUACCUUUUAUUGUGAGGUUAUGGAGGAACGAGUUUAUCAGAGUCAUAUGCGAUAGACUGAUCAAUCAAGAAGAUCAAAACUUCAUGGCAAGAAAUAUUUUUAUCGAAUUGGACAAAGCGUUCCCGAAAAAGGAAGCUGUUAUUAAAGAAACUUUGAAAAAUAUAGAUGACGACGAUUUUGUUUUCGAACCAAUCGAAGAAACGACCGCAGAAGAAGAUGAGGAAGAAAAAAUCGACGUGACGGAAUACGCUAUGCGCGAUCCGAUAUUAUUCGGAGAUUACAGAAACGCUUCCAACGAAACCGAACCUCGUCUCUACGAAGAUCUACUCGAUUACGAAGCUAUUUAUUCGCUAUUUCAAGAAUUGAUCGAACUCUAUAACGAACGAAAAGAAAAAUUGAAUAUAGUACUGUUCAACGACGCUCUAGAACAUCUGACUAGAAUCCACAGAGGUUUGCGUUUAGAACGAGGUCACAUGAUGUUGGUGGGAGUGGGAGGUUCCGGUAAACGAAGUUUCACGAACUUGGCAGCAUUCACUGCUGGUUGCGAAAUGUUCGAAAUCACAUUAUGUAGAGGUUACAAUGAAAUCUUGUUCAAGGAAGACCUCAAGAAAUUGUACUCGCAACUAGGUAUCGACAACAAACCAACUUGUUUCUUCUUCACGGCAGGUCAAAUAGUUGAAGAAGGUUUCUUGGAAUUUAUUAAUAACAUUUUGAUGAUCGGUUAUGUACCUUCUCUAUUCACCGAAGAUGAUAAAGAUCAAAUAAUAAAUUCCUGUAGAUCCGCCGCGGGUAGAGCUGGUUACGGAGUCGCCAAAGACGCCGUUUGGCACUACUUCUUACAUACCUGCCAGGAUAAUUUACACGUGGUACUAUCAAUGUCUUCUUCGGGUGAUAUUUUGAGCAAAAGGUGCAGGAACUUUCCAGGAUUGGUUAAUAAUACAACGAUCGAUUGGAUUUUUCCUUGGCCCCUUCAAGCUUUAGUGGCCGUAGCUUCUGUAUUUUUGAAAGAAAAUCCAAAAAUACCUGAACAAUAUAGAGAUCCAAUCAUAGAUCACGUCGUUCACGUUCACAGUUCGGUGAAUGAAUAUACCACAGAUUAUCUAUUGAAGCUCAGAAGGAAAAAUUACGUUACGCCGAAACAUUAUCUGGAUUUCAUCAACACUUAUUUAAGGUUAUUGGAUGAGAAAGACAAUUAUAUAAAUGCGCAAUGCGAAAGAUUAAAAAGCGGUUUGCAAAAAAUCGAAGAAGCCACAGUAGAAUUGGACGUUUUGAAUAAGCAAUUGGCGAAACAGAAGGUGAUAGUAGCCCAAGCUACCGCCGAAUGUGAAGCCAUGUUGACCGAAAUCAACGCAAGUACACAAGCGGCGACAGAAAAGAAAGAUAUCGCUUCGAUGAAAAGUCAAGAAAUCGAAGAACAAGCUAAGGUGAUAUCCGCUGAACAAUCCGAAGCCGAAGAAGCUCUAGCGGAAGCUCUACCAGCAUUGGAAGUUGCCCGAUUGGCUCUGUCCGAUUUAGAUAAAUCGGAUAUUACCGAAAUCAGAUCGUUCGCUACACCACCAGAACCUGUGCAAACGAUAUGCGAAUGCGUACUCAUACUCAGAGGUUAUAAAGAGAUAAAUUGGAAAGCGGCUAAAGGUAUGAUGGCGGAAGGUAAUUUCUUACGCAGUUUACAGGAAAUGAACGUCGACGCUAUCACGCAGAAUCAACAGAAAGCCGUCAAAGCACACAUGAAGAAUUCCAAGAAACUGGGAGAGAUGCAAAGUAUCAGUAAAGCGGGUUACGGUUUGUUGAAAUUCGUACAAGCGGUUUUGGGUUACUGCGAAGUGUUUAAGGAAGUGAAACCGAAAAAGGAGAGAGUCGAGCAACUGCAAGCGGAAUAUCGGGCCGCGAAGAGUUUUUUGGAUAAAUUGAAUAAGGAAAUUCAAAAAUUAGAAGAAAAAUUGAAUCAAUUAAACGAAAGGUACGCGAACGCGAUGAGACGAAGGAUGGAAUUGCAAGAAGAAACCGAUCUGAUGAUGAGACGUUUGGAAGCGGCUGAUAAAUUGAUAAACGGAUUAAGUUCCGAACAAGCCAGGUGGAAAGUGGACUUGACCGAACUGUUUUUAGCGAAAGACAGACUGGUAGGGGAUUGUUUGUUGUGUUCUGGAUUUUUGGCGUACUGCGGACCCUUUACUUAUGAAUUUAGAAGGACGAUGGUAUACGAAGAUUGGCAGAAAGACAUAGUAGGAAAGGAGAUUCCUUUAACGCAACCGUACAGAACCGAAGCACAUUUAACAUCUGACGUUGAAGUAAGUACUUGGACCUCGGAAAAUCUACCUCCCGACGAAUUAUCGGUUCAGAACGGCAUUUUGACUUUGAGAGGCUCCAGAUUCCCACUUUGCAUUGAUCCUCAACAACAAGCUUUAAAUUGGAUACGAAAAAGAGAAGAAAAGAUGAAUUUGAAAACGCUCAGUUUCAACGAUUCAGAUUUUUUGAAACAUCUCGAUAUGGCUAUAAAAUACGGUUCACCCGUAUUAUUUCAAGACGUAGAUGAUUACGUAGAUCCCGUAGCGGAAAACGUCAUCAUGAAAAAUCUAAAAAUCCAAUCGGGAAGAGUUUUUGUUAUAUUGGGUGACAAAGAAGUCGAUUGGGAUCCGAAUUUUCGUAUGUACAUGACGACGAAAUUCGCAAAUCCACUUUUCAAUCCUUCAGUGUACGCCGUCUCGAUCGUUAUCAACUAUACAGUCACUUUGACAGGUUUGGAAGAUCAAUUGUUGAGUGUGGUCGUUAGAAACGAACGUCCCGAUUUGGAAGAGCAACGUGAAAAUCUAAUAGCGGAAACUUCGGAAAAUAAACGUCUACUGUCGGAAUUGGAAGAUUCUCUUUUAAGAGAACUUUCAACUACUACCGGAAAUAUGUUGGACAACGUAGAAUUGGUAGCAACUUUGGAAAAUACGAAAACCAAAGCUACCGAAGUUAUGGAAAAAUUAGCUUUAGCUAGCGAAACAUCCAAAGAUAUCGAUAAACUUCGAGACGGAUAUAGAUCUGUUGCUAAAAGAGGAGCGGUACUAUUUUUCGUAUUGUCAGAUAUGGCGGGCGUUAACGCGAUGUAUCAAUAUUCUCUAGCUUCGUAUCUAGAGGUUUUCGCUUAUUCAUUGAGGAAGGCGUUACCGCAUACAUUAUUGAUGAAGAGAUUACAAAAUAUCAUAAAUAUGUUGACGAAGAAUGUAUACGAUUACGGAUGUACGGGUAUUUUUGAGAAACACAAAUUGUUGUAUUCUUUUCAAAUGACGUCGAAAUUGGAACAAAACGAAAAUCGAAUCACCCAAUCGGAAAUCGACUUUUUCAUCAAGGGCUCGGUGAGUUUAGAGAAAACGACCAGGGAAUGUCCGGCGCCCUGGAUUUCAUCUAGCAAUUGGGAAAAUAUCUUAAAACUGUCAGUUGAUUUUCCAGAUUCCUUUUUCGAGUUACCUUCACAAAUAGAAAGGGACGUCGAUACUUGGCAUCACUGGUACGAUUUAGACGAUCCAGAAAAUGAGGAAUUUCCGUGCGAAUAUAAGGAAAAACUUCCGAACUUUCACGUCCUUAUGCUUCUCAGGUGUUUUAGAAUAGACAGAGUGUUUAGAGCAGUGGGAAAUUAUAUAACAGAAGUGAUGGGCGAAGAAUAUAUAAUGCCUCCGGUGAUUAGUUUGGACAAUAUUUUCGAUCAAAGCAGUCCACUUACACCUGUGGUGUUUAUAUUGAGUCCCGGAUCGGAUCCAACUGCCGAUUUAAUGAAAUUAGGCGAUCGUAUGGGUUUUGGCGGAGGCAAAUUCAGAUAUUUAUCGUUAGGACAAGGUCAAGAACAAACCGCGUUGAGUCUAUUAGAUAUCGCUAUAUCCAGGGGGCAAUGGUUGAUGUUUCAGAAUUGUCAUUUGUUACUUUCGUUUAUCAAAAGAUUGGAAAAAGUGUUGGAAAAAAUAAGCAAACCUCAUCCGGAUUUCAGAUUGUGGUUAACUACCGAUCCCGUCGAAACGUUUCCUAUUGGAGUCCUGCAGAGAUCCUUAAAAGUUGUAACCGAACCACCAAACGGUUUAAAGUUGAAUUUGCGAAAUACGUAUUUCAAGAUGCGCACGCAGACUUUGGACCAAUGUUCGCAUCCGUCUUUCAAAUCUCUCGUUUACGUAUUGGCCUUUUUCCACGCCGUCGUUCAAGAAAGAAGAAAAUACGAUAAAAUCGGUUGGAAUAUUUCGUACGAUUUCAACGAAUCCGAUUUCAACGUGUGCGUUACUAUUUUGAAUACUUACCUAACGAAAGCCGUUAAGGCCAAAGAUACCAAAUUGCCAUGGAACAGUCUCAAAUAUCUCAUCGGCGAGGUGAUGUAUGGUGGACGAGUUAUAGACGAUUUCGAUAGAAGGAUAGUUAAAAUUUACAUGGACGAAUACAUGGGAGAUUUCCUAUUCGAUACCUUCCAACCUUUCCACUUUUUCCAUGACAGUACUGUAGAUUAUCACAUACCGCCCGAGGGAACUAAAGAAGAAUAUGUCGAAUUUAUAGAUGAAUUACCGUUAACGAAUAGUCCCGAAGUAUUCGGUUUACACCCGAACGCCGAGAUCGGAUAUUACACGCAAGCAACAAAAGAAAUGUGGAGCAUUUUGAUCGAACUUCAACCACAAACUUCGUCGACUGGUGUUGGUAUCAGUAGAGAAGAAUUCAUCGAUAAUGUAGCUAAAGAUAUAUUGAAGAAGAUACCCGAGGAAUAUGAGAUUUGGAAAGUAAGAAGAUAUUUUCAACGUAUGAUGUCGCCUACUGUCAUUGUAUUGUUACAGGAAUUAGAAAGAUUCAAUCGUUUGAUAGCCACGAUGCGCAGGACUUUAAUACAAUUACAAAAAGCCUUGUGCGGGGAAAUCGGUAUGGACAGCGUGUUGGACAACGUUGCCUAUUCUUUAUUUAACGGACAAUUACCGACAUCUUGGCGUAAAUUAGCACCGGCAACUUGUAAAAAUUUAUCUGGUUGGUUGGAACAUUUCGAACAUCGCCAGUCACAAUAUUUUAAUUGGUCAACGACGGGCGAACCGACGGUUCUUUGGAUAUCCGGUUUGCACAUACCAGAAACUUACUUGGCCGCUCUGGUUCAGAUCGCUUGUCGUUUACAUAACUGGCCUUUAGAUAGAUCCACCUUGUAUACGUACGUCACGGAACACGUCGAUCCGACUGAUGUAGUUUUGCGUCCACAACAGGGAAACUGUUUGGUUUUUGGUUUGUAUUUGGAAGGAGCUUCAUGGGACGUUGAAAACAACUGUUUAAAGCGUUCAGCCCCUAAAGUACUCAUAGAACGAUUGCCUGUAUUGGGAGUUGUACCUAUCGAAUCUUAUAGGUUGAAAUUGCAAAAUACUUUUAGAACUCCCGUAUACACGACUUCAUUGAGAAGAAACGCGAUGGGUGUGGGAUUAGUAUUCGAAGCCGAUCUAAGAACUACUCAGCAUAUAAGUCAUUGGGUGUUACAAGGCGUCUGUCUCACACUCAACACUGACUGAUUCAAUUAAGAUUUUUAAGGAUCAUUUUUUUAUAUAUAAAGUGAUAUUUUGUAUGAUUAUUUCUAAAUAUAAUGGUUUACUGCUA